GUUUUGAGAAAUGUUAGGUGUCUGGAACUUUACUGUAUUUUAUUACACUGGGCUUAUUUCUGUGCCCUUAACAGUUGUUGGCAGAGGUAGAUCUAAAGAUUUGCAAAAAGCCUGAUUUGUCUUUUGGUCCUGUUGCAUAAUCUCAAAUCAAACUUUUUAGAAUAAUUUCAUCUUUUAGUUGGAGGAUAUUCUGUGUUUAAAAAAUACUCAGAGACACAUAUAGUAGCACCCCUAACGAUUCUUAUUGAAAAUGAAACAUAUUAAAAAUAAAAAUAAAAAUUUAGCAUGAAAAAAGAAAAAAAAAACUUUCAUUCAAUGACCAAUGACUUAUUGUUUUAUAGUCCCUUAACCAUGUCACUCUGAGGUCUGUUACUCUGACCUACUUUUCAAAAUUGGAAAGACACGAGAUCAUGCCAUCCAAGUCAGAGAGUGGCUUGAGGAAAUACUUACCAAAAUGUGCAAAUAUCAACAGUUAGAUCAGUACAUCAUCUCUUGCUUAAUGACUGCUGCACGAGACAAGAAUACAUUUACUCCUCUUCCCACUGAACUGUGUGAUUCAUGUAUUUAGAGUGAAUUAAUUGUUUUAAUACGUUUCUUUAUAGCUUAUCUGUAGCCUAUAUCAUUCUCCACAAUUAUUAGCACCCCAGGUGACUUGUAAAACGGCGUACAGAUGGAAAUAAGCUUUUAUUGUUUUACUUCUUAAAAGUUGAGUGCAGCUUAAUCCCUGCUGUUUUGUGGAUAAAAUGACGCCACCUUCUCUUCAAAACAGGAAAAACAACUGAACAUAGAACGAAAGCAAGGGAGACUUGUGCUGCUCUUUAUAGAUAAUACAUACUGGCCUGAACUUAGCAAUUUCUCCAUAGCGAUCAUCAUAACGUUGACAAGACUGGACAAGCAUCCUAGUCUAAUCGUUCCAUCCAGCUUAGUGGAGGACGGAGAUAAACAUUUCAGGCAUGUUGCGCAUUUUUUCCAGGGGUGCCAUUAAAUCUGCAGGGUGUGGUAUGUAUCCUUUCCACAUGCAAGCAAUUUGCUAGAAUCUCACGUUUUAUGAUAUGUGUAAAGUGCGAGAUCAGCCGCCUGAAUCGCAGUCGUCCUAUUAUUUGAGACGUGUGUUCGAGUGUGAGAGAGUGAGCCAGUGGGGAGGGAGGGAGGGAGAACCGUGGAAUGCUGUGAUGUCAUCAGCCCAGUCACACACACAAAGACGAGGAGGACCCACAGGCUCUCUGGCUCUCAGCUCAGUUAGCACACUGUGCUGUGGAGCGGCGGCUCUCUACAUCCCACAUGUGUAGCAGACACCAGUCUGUAUCCCACAAAUGUGUCAGUCUAAGGGCGAAAGCGUUCUUUCCCUCCAAGCGCUGCUUCUGCUGGUGGGAACCGUUGUUUAACUUAUAACCGCCGAGACCAGAGGAGUCAGUUUCAUUCCCACUGCUGGAGAGACUGGCUCGCAUGCCGUAAGGCCACGGCCAACUUCUUUUUGUCCAACAGCUGACUCGGAACGUGCUAAAAUGGAGCCGCUAUCGUGUUGAGCUUGUGGGGGAGACAGUAACAUGGGUUUGUGGGAGGGAUGUGUGUUGGGGAGGGGAAGGGAAGGAGUAAGGCCGGCAGCUGAUGACUGAGUCGGCCCCCUUCCUCUGGAAUCCCCUCCCCGCCUUGACCUCUCUGUCAGAGCAGGAACAGCAUCUGGGGUCUUCUGUGUUCUGGAAGGGAAGAAUGAGAUAAAAGCUGGAGUGGGAUUUUAAAGCAGAUGACUAGGAAAAAACAGUCGGCAGGAUCGAAUGUUUUUUUUUUUUUAAGAAUUACAUGUUUCAUUGCAUAUCAAAAAAGGGUACAGCAUAAUCUUUGUUUUUCAUUUUCUUCCAUAGGUUUUCCCAGAGAUGGGCUCCAAAUUCAAAGAGAUUUGAAAACUCAACAGGGCGGGGGAGCGCCAAACAGAAAAGAAACAGGGUUUUGUGUGUGUGUGUGUGUGUGUGUGAAAUUGUAUGUUUGCGUGUAUUGUGAUUCAUAGAGAAAACUUUGUGUGGGUUGUUGAUAGGCCAAAGAAGACAAGAACAUGAGACUAUAAACCGUCGCCAUAAAGCAUCCACCUCCAGCUGCUGCUCCCCGAGACUCUUUCGCUACUUCCCCCAGUCCUAUUAAGUUACCAAACAACAACCCCCCCCCCACCACCACCAAGAUGCUGCAGCAGAUUUUAAAGGACAUGUACAUCGACCCUGAUGUCCUGGAAGCUCUGAACGAGGAGCAGAAAAAGACCCUCUUCCUGAAGAUGCGCCAGGAGCAGGUCCGGCGCUGGAAAGAGCGGGAGGAGAAGCUGGAGAGGGAAGGAGGCGACGCAGAGUCCACACGGACACAAGCAAGAAAAGUCAACAGUAAGAGCGUGACCUGGCAGCUUGGUCGAGAUGGAGACGUUUCAGUCCUUGUGAUCGGAGAAGUGGAUGAGCUCACUUCCAAAUUCAUCAACUCUGGAUUUGGAGACAAGAAGUCACCAAGUCUUCCCAACAGCAUGCACCACCAAACUAUCGUGAAGAGCCAAAAGAUCACACAAGAGGUCAAAAGUGAGUGCCAGAGCAUCCCUCCAAAAACACAGCCUGGAAUCUCCUUGAACCUAAAGGAGAAACGAGAGGAAAACAGCACUUUACGCCCUCUGCCGCUCCAGGAGCAGGCGCCCAGUCCAACGGAGGGGAAGUCUGUUUCCCAGCCCCCCAUGUGCUCCAGGCCUCCCACGAGAGGCAGCCCUGUCGUGAGGCCAGCUUCUGCAAACUCCACACCGGGCUCCAUCAACGACAGGCCAGGCCUUGGAAAUCUGAAGCUGGCAGCGCCUACGCCGUCCUCCUCGUCCUCCUCCAGCAGCACUGUCCGAUUAGACCCUGCGUCAGCAUCCAGCGCUAAGGGUAGCCUGUGCUCCAAGGAGCCGGUUGGUAAAGAUAGUGCAUUGGAAAAGUUUCGGCGGGCUGACUCGGUGGAUGCUGAGAAAUCAUUGACUGCAACAACUUGCACAAGGCGUGGCCGAGUGGCUGACCUGAUGAAAACCUUCAGUGUUGACACCCCACCACUGGCUCAGUCCCGCCCCCUUAAGCCUCCCCUCCCCACAAAGCCUGACCACUUGCGUCUAACAACCACACCCACCGUCAGGUAAUCCGUGAAUAACGACAGGCACCCUCUCCACUGGGUCCAAGAGCGCUUCUCCGUGAGGUACCACCACACAGGAUGAUGUAAGAAACCAGAUGUUUAGCCUCAGUUAGACAACGGAGGACUCUUUUGCUCUUUACCCAAAGCCCGGAGAGGCAAAUGUUUAAAUGUAAAGAUUUAUUUUAAUAUCAGAUGCUGCAGUACUGUAAAUGGUCUUUUUGGGAUAAAAAUUCCAGAACAUUUGAUUUUCUUUGCAUGUCGUGUUUUGUCCGUGACAUCUUUUUGUUACAAAAAUCAUAGAUUUUCAAGAGACUUUUCAUGGAUGCUGUCCACUUUGUAUGAUGGGGAACAAUAUUUACGGUUUCAUUUGAUUGACACGUCGAAUACAUUAUAAUGUUACCUAUUGCAUCAUUUUAAUUUUCUCUUGCUUCUACACACAGACACCAGGCUGUGUUAUUUUCCUCUUGGUUUCUGCGAUGUUUGAACUAAAGAAAGGGGCAGGGGCAGAUACAGAGGGGUGCAAGCAGGUACAGAAGGGCCCUCCCUCAAUCUUACAGUCCCCUCCCAGGGAAUAAUGUCAGCUUGUUUAUUUGUCACACUGCGGUCUACGUCUCCCCCUGCCACCUGGCAGGAGUCUCACUGCGACUUGUUGUGGACCAAUGACGGUGCCAAACGCACACUCAUCUGUCACUCCCAGUGGAUCAAAUCCUGGCAAGUUAGACAGUCGCUGCCAAAUAAUCCAGCUCUGUGCAAUGCUGUUCUUUUUGUCAUGCCUGUUUUGGAGAUAUGAUUGGAUGUUGUUGUUGUUGUUGUUGUUGUUGUUUUUUUGUCUUUAUCUUUUCUAUAUGGAGGCACAUUUUGUAACGGGGAAAUUAGACAUUUGUACAAUGAUCUUUUUUUAAAAAAAUUAGUCUUGUCCUAAUCUCUGAUGUAAAGAUUAAAGGUUGCAGUUAAAGUAAGAAAUAAAAUGCUUAAAUCAAAUUUGUUAAAAUUUGAGUUUCUGUUGUGCAAUGUGUCAGUAUGCAUACCCCCAUGCUAAUAUUUAUGUGUCUUAGCAAGUUUCACUUUGACAUCAUGCAUUUUGUAGUCAUCAAGAAGCUCAUGGCAUAAUUCUGACUAUCUGGAUCUUUACUUCCACAUUUGGCAGAAUAGGUAAUACAUUUUUAUUUUUAGCAAUAAUUAGUAGUCUUUAGUCUCUAUUAUUUAAUCUUUUUGACAUGAGUGUAAAUCCUGGGAAGCUUAGCAGCCUCAAAGCAUGACGCUGCCACCACCAUGCUCCACAGCUCAUGUUGUUCUUUGGUUUGAAGUUGUCAAGUUCAUUCCUUAAAAAAAAUGCUGUACCAUUCUGACCAAAAUGUUAGAUCUUUGUCUCCUCUGACUUUACCAGUUUCUACAAGAAGGCAUUUGGCUUCUGUGCUAAUUUACCCUUACUAUAUUUUCUUACUUUUAGUUUUUGCCUUUGUGUGAAUCUGUCUGCUACAACUUGCCUGUCACUUUUCUUCUGGUACACCCAAAUUUCCCCACUGAGGGGCAAUAAAGGACAUUUCUAUUCUUG